AUGGCUGACCGCUACGAUUGUACAGAGUGUAAUACUUCCUUAUAUGGGCAAAAGUACAUCCUGAAGGAAGAAAACCCAUAUUGCAUCAAGUGCUACGAGACACUUUUCUCUUUCAGCUGUGAAGUUUGCCAACUGCUUAUUGCCUGCACCAGCAAGGAUCUGUCAUACAAGGACCGCCACUGGCACAGCGAAUGCUUCCUCUGCAUUAAGUGCAGCCGAUCUCUGGUGGAUCGACCCUUUUCCACCAAAGAGGACAUGCUGAUGUGCAUUGAGUGCUUCAGCAACGAGUACUCUGCCAAGUGCCAUGCAUGCCUGAAGACCAUCAUGCCAGGCUCUAAAAAGAUGGAGCAUAAGGGCAACAGUUGGCAUGAGAACUGUUUCACCUGUAACCGUUGCCAGCAGCCCAUCGGCACCAAGAGCUUCGUGCAGAAGGAGGGCAACAACUACUGCCUGCCCUGCUAUGAGAAGCAGUUUGCCCAGCAGUGUGUCCACUGUAAGAAGCCCAUCACCACUGGAGGAGUGAACUACCAUGAUCAGCCCUGGCACAAGGAGUGCUUCGUUUGCAUCGGGUGCAAGCAGCAGUUGGCCGGCCAGCGGUUCACCUCUCGGGACGACUUCGCCUACUGCCUCAACUGCUUCUGCAACCUGUUUGCCAAGAAAUGUGCUUACUGCACCACCCCGAUCAGCGGUCUUGGGGGCAGCAAGUAUAUCUCGUUUGAGCAGCGCCAGUGGCACAACGACUGCUUCAACUGCAAAAGGUGCUGCGUGUCUCUGGUCGGCCGAGGUUUCCUGACGUGCAAAGAUGACAUCCUCUGCCCCGACUGCGGCAAAGACAUCUGAGUGAUCUCCAAAACCGGAAAAGAGUUGGCUGCACUGGCAGUGUUCUCCUAACUUGACCUUUUGAUUCAUUAUCAUUUAUUGGUUUCUCGCACAUUAACCUGUCCUUACCGCUGCAGUGAUUUCUGCAUUUGCUGACGAUACCGUGUUUCAUAUGAAUGAAUUGAACCCGUCAUUCCAAAAUGUAGUUGUUUCUGUAAAAAUCUCUCAUUUUGGAAUGAAACUGUGUGUGGCAUCAAAAUAACGACUUUCGAUAUUUAUAUAUUUUACAGCAUAUUAAGAGCAUGUUGUUUUAAUGGAUGACAUUGUGACUGCAAUUAUUCUUAACAGAGUUAAUCUGAUACUACUAAUACUG